AUGGAUUCGGCGGACGAUUCGAGCAAAGAUCCGCCACUGGGAUCCACAUAUUCCUCGGCACCCAAUCUAGACUCGGACAUUAAUGCAAAUGCCUCUAGGCCUAUUUAUGAGAAUGGGACAGACCACAGUGUCAGUAUACAAAACGCAGCCCUGCGGGGAGCGAGUGACCCCAGCGCAUACCCCUCCACAGACUACCGGGGACUCGUCCGCCAGAGGUUCAUCCGACGGAGUUUGUGGGUGUCAGACUCCGAGGAGCAGCCGGUGGACACGCCGGAGUGUGUCAACAGCAGCCCGGUACUCAACAUUGACCUGCGGACCAUUGUUGAUCGGAGUCGGACGCGGGCUCUUCAAGGAAGCCGCCUGGGUCUCCAGGAGACGUCCAGCACGGAGAGCCAGGUGGGGCUGUCGGAGAGCGCCACCGAGACCGUCAGCGCCGAUGAGGAGAAGGGAAACAGGAGCGAAGCCGAGCCCAAGGCUGAGGUUGUGCCCUCGGAUGUCACAGGUAAAGCAGGGAGCGACGAGAACGAAGAGGAGCCCGGGAUGAAGGCUGUGUCCACCUCACCCGGGGGACGCUUCCUCAAGUUCGAUAUUGAGCUGGGGAGAGGGUCCUUCAAGACGGUCUAUAAAGGUCUUGACACGGACACCUGGGUCGAAGUAGCGUGGUGUGAACUCCAGGAACGGAAACUUUCCAAAGCUGAGAGACAGAGGUUCAAAGAGGAAGCAGAGAUGUUAAAGGCUCUCCAGCAUCCCAACAUUGUGCGAUUUUAUGACUUCUGGGAAUCACCGGUGAAAGGGAAGAAGUGUAUUGUUCUGGUGACAGAGCUAAUGACCUCAGGGACACUAAAAACGUAUCUGAAGCGCUUUAAGGUGAUGAAGCCUAAAGUUCUUAGGAGCUGGUGCAGGCAGAUUCUCAAAGGCCUCCACUUCCUUCACACAAGGACUCCUCCAAUCAUCCAUAGAGACCUCAAGUGCGACAACAUCUUCAUCACUGGUCCUACAGGCUCUGUCAAAAUAGGAGACCUGGGCCUGGCAACACUGAAGAGGGCGUCCUUUGCUAAAAGUGUUAUUGGCACUCCUGAGUUUAUGGCCCCAGAGAUGUAUGAGGAGCACUAUGAUGAGUCUGUGGAUGUGUAUGCCUUUGGGAUGUGUAUGCUGGAGAUGGCCACUUCAGAAUACCCCUACUCUGAGUGUCAAAAUGCCGCACAGAUCUACCGCAAAGUCACCAGUGGGGUGAAACCUGCUAGCUACGGUAAAGUCAGUGACCCUGAAAUCAAAGAAAUAAUCGGGGAGUGUAUCUGUCACAGAUGGGAAGAAAGGUACUCAAUCAAGGACCUCCUGAAUCAUGCCUUCUUUGCAGAGGAUACAGGCGUGAGGGUGGAGCUCAAUGAAGAAGAUGAUGGAAAGAAAUCAUCUAUUGCUCUAAAACUGUGGGUCGAGGAUCCUAAAAAGCUGAAAGGAAAAUACAAGGACACUGGUGCCAUUGAGUUUACCUUUGACUUGGUGAACGAGGUCCCAGAGGUUGUUGCCCAAGAAAUGGUUGAAUCGGGUUUUUUCCUGGACUGCGACGUGAAGGUAGUUGGGAAGUCCAUCCGAGACCGUGUGGCUCUCAUCAAAUGGAGGAGGGAGCGGACUGUCUCGCCAGGAAAUGGCGAGGCGCAGCAUAACCUGCUUCAGGUGCCCAGUACCGGUGUGCCACAGGGAGCCACAUUAACUUUGACAGACUAUGAAGACCAAGAGGUGGAGCAGCAGACCCUCAUCUGCACUGUGCCAGCCACCACAUCUACCACAUCUGACAGUGGUUUGAGCUCUACCAUGCAACUAGAUGAUCUAAACAAUCAGCCAAAUGGGCCCUACCAGUCGCUUCCAGAGCCCAUUUCCACAUCCCAGAUGAUGUACAGUCCUCCUGCACAGGCUGACACUCAGCUGCCCCAAUGGCCCUACCAGCAGCCCACAGCACAGGUGUCACUUGAAAACUACAAACAAGCAUCCACGCAGUUACACCAGGGAGUCUACCAGCAAACCACAGGUCAACUGCAUCCCAAGGCCUAUCAACAAACUGCAGCACAACUGCACCAGGGGUCUUAUCAGUCUCAAACAACAGUUUCUGCUCCAGCCACGCCAACCCCUACUGUGCACCAGAGUAGACAGACAGCACAGAGCUUCCCAGCUGCAGCCUCCACUCUACAGACGCAGGUUUCUGCGCAACCCAGCAAGGAGCAGUGCCAUCACCAACCAGCUGCUGUCCUACCCCAGGAUGUGCUUCAGGACAAACCAGUAUCUUUACCCAACUAUGCUUAUGACAGUCUCAACUCUGAUGUGGCAUCUGGUAAAGAAACAAGUGACGGCUAUGACAGCUUGGCUAGUGGGGGGAAGGGGGACGGAAGACCCAGGAAACACCACCGCAAGUCUGCCCGUACACGUUCCCGGCAAGAAAGGAUCAGCAAACCCAAACUUAAUAUGCUCAAUGUUUGCAACACUGGUGAUAAAAUGGUCGAAUGCCAACUGGAGACUCACAAUCACAAAAUGGUGACAUUUAAAUUUGAUUUGGAUGGAGAUGCUCCAGAGGAAAUUGCCACUUACAUGGUAGAGAAUGGCUUUAUCCUUCUGUUAGAGAAGGAAACUUUCAUUGACCAGCUAAAAGACAUUGUGGAUAAAGCUGAGGACAUGCUGAAUGAAGACAUAGAGGGUGAAAGGGCCUCCACCAUGAGUUGUAGUCCUCAACAAGGCCAGAUGUCUGAGGGGCCAGUGGGAGAGAGUCAGCAGCCUGGAGCAACUCAGCACGUCUAUCAGCAGAAUGUUCUUCAUACAGGAAAGAGAUGGUUCAUAAUCUGCCCUGUCGAAGAGACAGCCACAUCCAGCCAGGAGACCCCAUCUGAAGGCACAACUACACAGUCACCUGGGAGUUCAACCACUAACCAGCCUGCUGACAGUGGCACUGCAAGGCCAUCUGCAUCCAGAGAGGAGGGGUCAUCCUCCACAAUGUCUGGUGGAAGUGGAGGCUUCUCCUAUGAUGUGUAUGGAUUCUGUAGUCCUCCAAUAAUGUCUAACACAGACCCACUUCUUUUGGCCACUCUGUCGCCUCCUGUGUCUGCUCCUCCAACCCUUCAGUCUGUAUCAUCACUGGAGACUGUGGGCAGCUCGAUGCAGCCCAGUGUGCAUCAGGCCCAGCCAGCAAGAGCUCAGACUUUGCCCCCGUCAUCCCCACAUACGUCGUUUCCAGUGGAUGAGUCACAGGGUUCCCCCCGGGGCUCCAUCUCCCCGAUCCAUGCCGCUCUGCAGAUGCCUGACAUUACAUGUCCUGUUUCUGUGGCCGAGGAGGUGCCCUGCUGCCCUCUGGUCAUGCCUUUAUCUCUGGAUGUGAGUGGUUCACAGGUUGGGUCUCCUCUCACCCCACUUCCACUCCAGGAGACAGGUUCAGCCAAAGAGCCACUGUCUGUCUCCUAUGCGUCUGCAGCACGAAGCGAGCGACCACAGCAGCCUGUGGUGCUCCACCAGCCUUAUUCCAGCGUGGGAGGGACCAAAGUGUCCUCACUACCCCAGAGCCCAGCGCCAUCCCAGCAGGGUGCAGGGCCCGGCGAGCCAGAUAGCGAAGGACGGCUGGGCCGUGGCGGCUUUGUGGACAGCACCAUAAAAACACUGGACGAGAAACUAAGGAACUUGCUCUACCAGGAAUAUGCUCCCAUGUAUCCAUCAGGCAGUGCAGCAGAGACACCAGGCUCCGGCACUGAGUACAUCCAGUCUCCUCCUGGUCCAGACAGCGCCACAGGAGGGUCAGGAAACAGUACGCCAGGGCCGAUGGGGGAGGGACGCUACAGGGCAGGAGAACAGCUGCCACAAAUUCCAGAGAGAAUGGAUAGUUUGAGCACACUGAGUGACUCAGCCGUGUGUGCAUCCCUGUCAAGAAGACAUGUUCCUCAUUCUGCUUCCUGCUCUGGAACAAGAGGUCGAUUUAAGAUAAUCUCUGUUCCUCCUGAAGUGGCCAACAGACGAGAUGUGAAACAAAGGAGCUGGAGCAGUGCUGCCUCGCCGGCACACCCUGUAGGAUACAGUGUGGACCAUGUUCAGACUGAGGCAAUGGUUGCCUCCACCACAAUUGGCCGUUUCUCUGUGGUUAGCACUGAAGACGACAUUACACAGAGAACACGUUGCAGCCGCUACUCUGCCCCACCUGAUUUCUACCUUGAUACACCUCCUUCCAUCGACUCGGGGGCUGAGAGCAGCCCAGCAAAGCUGGAUCCAGCAACCCCAUCUCAACAUACUCGGACCGAGCGCAGAGGAAGUGACCUUAUGAAGAGGGCAGUGGCCUUCCUCCGUCGUUCAGGGCGCAGCAGCAGCGUGCAGAGCUCUGACUCACCAAGUAGGCAUGGAGGCGUGCACGGCUCAGCCUAUGGCAGCAGUGAUAAUGACUCAGAGAUGGAGGACUCAGACAUGAAGAGGGAACUACAGAGACUCAGGGAGAAACAUCUGAGAGAGAUCUCUGAGCUGCAGGCCCAUCAACGGGGAGAAGUUGAACUGCUAUACCGCCGGCUUGGCAAAGUCCCUCCUCCUGGCCUGGGUCUCUCGCACAUUGGACCAAAUGCCACCCGUAGAAAAAGGUCCAGCAAGCACAAGCUGAAGCCUGGAAAACUUCUCAGCCCUCUGGUUCAACAAUUUAGAAAUGUCACAACCAAAACUAGUGACUCCAGCAGGUCCAGUGCUGCUACGGGUACAGGUGAGCCAACAUUGAGUUUAAAUGGCUCUCCAGCCAAAGGGUCUUUCCCCACUCACGGUAGGGCACGGUCCUGCACGAGCCACAUUCCCAGCUCAACCUCAGAGCCUGUGCAGACUCAGCAGCCCUGUUCCCUCAAGGGCUCUUUGUCGUCUGAUAAUAUUUACGCUGGACUACAUAGAGACGGUACCGGCACACAAGCUCCACCUGGGCAAGGCUGGUCUAAUUACCCUCAACCAUCUGAGAGAGUGACCUAUAAAUCCAGUAGCAAGCCAAGAGCUAGAUUUCUCAGUGGGCCUGUGCCUUUGUCUAUCUGGUCAACACUGAAGCGACUGUGUCUCGGCAAAGAGCGUGGCAGCAGGUCUGCAGCUGGAUCAGGGGCUUCCAAUCAAUCACAGCAGCCGCCUACAGGUACCACACCUCCUACUCAUCAGCCGAUAAUGGGACUGGCCCAAGCUCAGGCCAAUAACAGCAACAACAAGACAGGCACAUACACUGGCAUAUCCAUGAGUGCCAAUGAAAACAACCUGCAUGAAGACUUGCAGCGGCUGAUGGAUGACUGGGCACAGGAGGUUCUUAUUGUCACCCACAGGCCACGCACUAACUCUCUGAGCAUCAGUGGGCAGCAGUUGUGGGAUCAGGCUGUGCCGCGAACACAUAGACAACUUGCUACUGCCUCAGAUGUAUCAUCAUGGACAGCCCCUGGUCCAGAGGCCUGCAGUCUGCGCCUGUCAUGGUCUGACAGCCACGGGUCAACAAUGAUGAGAAGCCCCUCCGCAGGGCCCCAUCCCAGCUAUCAGCUACACUCUACUGCUCCGGUCAGAGCCUUGUCCUCCUUCCCUCUCCCUUCAGGAGUUCUUGCCUUUCCUGCUGUGCCCUCAGCCCAGGACGCCCACAUCCCCGCUCCAUCUCUGUCAUAUCAGUUGCCUGACCCCAAAGCCAGGACUCUCUAAAAUGAGUAGCAUUGUGUCUUCCAACUCUAUUACCAAAAAUAAAUAUCAUUAUAGUUCUAGUCAAUCUUAUGUGCAUAUACUGUAUAUAUUUAACCAGCAUGUCUGUAACCAUAUGUACAUACUCUUCACUUUUCUUGAAUUUUAUGUUGUUUGUUUCAUUUGCAUCAACAUACCUCAUAUCAAUAUUACAGUACAUAAUCCUUGAGUGCAGUAUAAUGGAAGUAGUAGUACAUUUAAAGAUGUAUAGUUAGCCCUGUCAGGCUUAAAAGUGCAGAAUUUGUCAUUGCUUACAUACCUUUCUCACUGAAUGUACAUAACGUACUGUUCAUUCAUUCUGUGUUUAUAUAAAUAGUUCAUGUUUGUGUUGCUCAUAUCACUCCUAUAUAUAAGCUGCCAUGUGUAUAUAUGAAUUUUUGUUAGUCUGUACAUAGCUCCUGUGUUUGUACAGUUAACAUUAGAUAAUCCAUAGGUCGGUGCUGCAGCUAUGUGUCUUAAUGCAACACCUUAUUAGCCACCAUCAUGCCGUCACUGUGAAGACUUGACAUCCUGGUCACUAGGACCGGUUGCUGUACUCUGCUCUCUCAGUCCAAGGAUAGGUUUCACUCUUCAUUGAUGAAAUGCUUCCAGCACAAGCGCUUGAAAUAUCCUAAAGAGAUUUGAAUGAACUUGAACUUUAUCUGCAGGUGAAAAAAAACACCUGUGAGAGUGCCUUGAAUUGCAGUGUCAGUUUCCCGAAGAAAAACAGCAGAAACUAGGUAUUCUAUAUAUGCUUUCACCUUAAAAGGUAAAUUAUGUGAUUUGAAAAAUGAAUGUGGAAAAAGACAUAAAAUAUCACAGUUUGUUAAAAAAAAAAAUUUGUCCAAAACUAAAUUAGGUUAUUUAAUAUCUGAACUGUAAGUUUUUCCUUGUUCACUGAAGUCAUUUUCUUGUGGGAUUGCUCUACCACCUGCACCUCAGCCUGCAUGAAUACACUGAUAUUCUGAAUGUGCACAGGUUGAUGUGGUGAGUUACAGGAGGAUAUUGUUAAGAGAAACUGGCAUUGAAACCAUACGACAAGGAGGGCUGAAGGACUCAACAUAUGAGUCAAAACCAUAAUCAUCCCAUACCUCUACUAAUGCAGUCUGUAGCUUUAUAUAUUGUUGCCUUUGUGGUUUUUAAGAGAUUACUGUGUGGUUGGUUGUUGUUUGAUAAAUGCUGAUGAUAUGACAAUGUUAGAGGUACAGUCAUGAAGAAUGUGAAUUAUUGAGAAGCCACAACUGUUGGACCUGUUAUUUGUAUAAUGCAUAGGUUUUGUAAAUUAUGUUUAUUAGAUGCUGGCCUCACACAAUCAUCUGACUCAUACAGCUAAUUGUAUUUAAUAUGGCUGGCUGAAUUCAAAGAUCUCCAACAAAUAUUACACUAUCACCAUUUCAGUUAUUUCAAUGGUACGGCCUCUAAAGAAAAAAUCCUUUCACUACUUACUUCACUUGUAUAACUUCUUUAAUUCCCUCUGAAGAAUAGUUAGUUCAAUGCAUCAGUGUUUUGAUGUGUUCUGUAAAAACGAAGCAGUGGCAAAAAUCUGUGUAGUCAAGAAGUAGGAU